AUGAACAAGCAACUCCUUCUUGUCGUUCUCGUCUUGGCUCUUAUUGCUCAGGCUCAGGCCUACUAUCUCUACUACUAUUAUCCACAAAACAACAACAACGGUUACACCACCUACUACUUAUACCCAAACAACAACAACAACGGUCAAACGACUUACUACUACGAUAACGGAAACAAUGGGAACACUGGAACCACCUACUACUACUACCCGAACAACAAUGGAUACUCCUACUACUAUCCAUACACCUACUACUACACUUAUGGAAGAAAAUGA